UCCGCUCGGGGGUCCGCGCCGCGCCUGUUGCAUCGUCCUCGGCGGGACCGCCCGCGGAGCGCGCGCCGCUGUCCGUGCCGGGACCCGGCGAUGCCCCGCGUGGGACGCUCCGCCGGUGUCCGACAGCAGCCGCUCCCUGCCUCGUCGCACGUCCCCCGCAGCUCCCGGCGGGGCUCUCUCCCCUUUUGUCUGUGUAUUUUUAGGUCAUUAGAGUGGAGGGGUAGGUAAUCCCCAGGCUCAAGUUCCAGAGGGGCGGGUUCUGGCCGGAGGUGGAGUCACUUUUCAUUUAAAUCCCCGACUAUAAAAUGGGCUUAAAGAGAAGCGGGAUCUCAGCCGUGCCGCGCAGACCCCGGCACGCAGGGUCCGGGGGGGCGGGCGGGCAGCCCUGCCCGCAGCAGCCGCCGCGGCGAUGCUCCACUCGCUGGGCGCUCACACCUUGCAGCUGCUCACCCAGGCGGCCGCCUGCAUCCUCCUCUUCCCCCGCUUCCUGCUCACCGCCGUGAUGCUCUGGCUCCUGGAUUUUCUGUGCAUUCGCAAGAAGAUGCUGACGAUGCCCACGGCGGAGGAGGCGGCCGGAGCUGGCGAGGGGCCGCCCCCCGACGACCCUCCGGUCUGCGUGUCCGAUUCCAACCGCAUGUUCACGCUGGAGUCGCUGAAGGCCGUGUGGCACGGGCAGAAGCUGGACUUCUUCAAGUCGGCGCACGUGGGCUCGCCGGCCCCCAACCCCGAGGUGAUCCAGCUGGACGGGCAGAAGAGGCUCCGCAUCCUCGACUUCGCCCGCGGCAAGAGGCCCCUCAUCCUCAACUUCGGCAGCUGCACCUGACCCCCGUUCAUGGCCCGCCUGAGGUCCUUCCGGCGCCUGGCCGCGCACUUCGUGGACAUUGCCGACUUUCUGCUGGUGUACAUCGAAGAAGCGCACCCCUCCGACGGCUGGGUCAGCUCGGACGCUGCCUACAGCAUCCCCAAGCACCAGUGCCUCCAGGACAGGCUGCGGGCGGCGCAGCUGAUGCGGGAAGGGGCGCCCGAUUGCCCCCUGGCCGUGGACACCAUGGACAACGCUUCCAGCGCUGCCUACGGCGCCUACUUCGAGCGGCUCUACGUCAUCCAGGAGGAGAAGGUGAUGUACCAGGGAGGCCGAGGACCGGAGGGCUACAAGAUCUCGGAGCUGCGGAGCUGGCUAGACCAGUACAAAACCCGGCUCCAGAGCCCCGGCGCGGUGGUCAUCCAAGUGUAAAAAGGACCCGGCAGAAGGCGCGGGGGGAGAGGGGACGGCGGGCGGAGGAACGCGGGGGGGCUCCGCGCCGGGGCUGCGUGCGGGCGAGAUGUGCCAUAGUCCUUUCUCUAUUCAAAUCAUGUUGAUUUGCCAGCCACGCUUUGUCAAUACUGUAUUUCCAUGUGCGUUUUGUAAAUAACUCUUUUUUUUUUUUUUUUCCUUUUUUUUCUUUUGAGAAGCGUUUACUAUUUUUUAAGGCGGCUCUCUUUCUUCGGGAUCUGUUCCCAGCUGCGUGUGUGCGCGGGUGUGUGUCUGAAAAGUUGUGUACAAGUGCUCCGUGCUGCCUAGCAAGUGCUAACUGGGAUUUCUAGUAUUUCUUUGUGAUGACCGAUUUUGAAAUGGGUUUCUCUAAUGCCAGGAAAUCGUGUCUGAUGUUGUCAAGUACUAGAACUGCCAAUAGCCAGAGCUGAACGGAAUGUCCUAUUUAUGGGGGGGGUUUUGUAAGACGUUCGUUCACCUUUUUUUUUUAAUGAAUUUUUUUAAAUAAUAAAGGUUGAGUAAAUAC